CACUGAUUCUGUUUUGAUUUACAGAUAAUCAAUUUGGGAAAACGCUUGACAGAGUAUGGCACCGCCACCCUUAACAUCAACUGGCCAAAAGAAACCGAGCAGGGGAAAUGGCUGCUCUACCUGAUGACAAUCAGCAUCACUGGAGUGGAACAGAUGGAGUGCUCUCCUAAAGCAGAGAUCAAUCCCCUGAACAAGGAACCAAGUAACAAGAGGACAAGAAGAGCAGCAGGAAACACCCAAGAAACUGAUGAGGGCUUGAUUUCACGACUACUUGACAAGAAGAAAUCUAAAACUCUGUCGUGUGGCAAUGGGGCAAGAUGUGUGACAGUAAGCUGCCCCCUCCAAGGCCUGGACAGUAACGCAGUCAUCACUGUCAACUCUCGCCUCUGGAACAGCACCUUCAUAGAGAUCAUUUAA